AUGCCGGGAGGAAAAGGCAAGACUGGCGGCAAGACGGGUGGUAAGGGAGAUUCGAACGUCAAGACGUCCAAAUCGCACUCGGCGAAGGCCGGUCUGCAGCGCACGCGCAUCGGAGCUAAAGCCGCUGUAUACCUUACCGCCGUCCUCGAAUACCUGACUGCCGAAGUGCUCGAGCUGGCUGGCAAUGCGGCUAAGGAUCUGAAGGUCAAGCGCAUCACGCCUCGCCACCUGCAAUUGGCCAUCCGUGGUGACGAAGAACUCGACACGCUUAUCCGCGCCACCAUCGCCUUUGGUGGUGUGCUGCCUCACAUCAACCGCGCGCUGCUGCUGAAGGUCGAGCAGAGGAAGGGCAAGAAGGCCGUGGAGGUCUAG